ACAAGAAUCCGACGCAAUAAUUUUUUGCUCGCGGAUGAGUCGCUCGGAUGGAUUUUUCUUGUUUUUUCUCAUUCUGUGUACUGACUGACUGACGUAUCAUCAUCAGAAAUAGUAAUCCAACAAGAGUAACAUCAAAAAGCAACGAGAACACAUUUUCCAGCAAAUUUGUGGUAAAAAUAGGUAUUUUGUAGUUUCUUGCGUCGAGAAUAAAUUGCGUCUCUCCGUCGUCGAAAAACCGUUGCCCUCUGGAGAGGGGUUGGAAAAAGUCCAGGUGCAUUCCACGUUUUUGAUAACGGGUUUUUGGGCGGAACGAAGCAGCGAGUGAAAGGAAAACAAUGCUCUACAAAACGCGACGGAUAACGGUGGUUCCGGUGCUGUUGACCGGUCUGCUGCUGAUCGCACUCGGAUCGAUCGUCCCCUGCCAGGCGGCCAAGUCUCAGGUGAUCGAACUGGACGAGGCCAACUGGGACCGAAUGCUGACCGACGAAUGGUUUGUGGAAUUCUACGCUCCCUGGUGUCCAGCUUGCAAGAAUCUCGCUCCCAUCUGGGACGACCUUUCGACCUGGUCCGAUGAUCUGAAUAUCAAGACGGCCAAGGUAGAUGUUACGACAUCACCCGGCCUGAGUGGACGAUUCUUCGUAACGGCACUGCCCACCAUCUACCACGUUCUGAAUGGAGAAUUCCGCCAGUACAAGGGACCCCGGGAUCUGAACUCGCUGAUGACCUUCAUCGAGGAGAAAAAGUGGCAAUCGGUGGAACCGGUUUCGGCCUGGAGCAAACCGGACUCGAUCCAGAUGUCGGUCGUAUCGCUGUUCUUCAAGUUGUCCCACUUUUUGAAAGAAGUCAACGUCAUGAUGGCCAAGGAGUACGGUCUACCGUCCUGGGGAUCCUAUGCCAUCUUCGCUAUCGGAACUAUCUUGCUGGGCGCCAUCCUCGGACUGGUUCUGGUUUGCGUGAUCGAUUUCAUUUUCCCUCCAAAACUGGCCCAACGCAAGAGUUUCUCGGAGCACAAGAGAAGCCUAAAGAACGAAAAGGGUCAGGAGGAACUCAAGGGAGACGAAUUGGAGGACGAAGAUGAACUGCAGGCCCGCGAAGCCGUCGAGGAUGAGGAAGGCGAUGAAGAGGGCGAAGGCGAAACCUCUGAUGGCGAGAAAUACUCCGGAUCGGAAUCUGAGGAGACACCGGAGAGCGAUCGCAAAGAAGAAGCUGCUGCUGCCGAUUCAGCUCCGGAAAGCCCCAAGGAAGAAGAAGGCGACAAGAAGAAGGAAUCCGCCGGAAGCCCGGACGUGAGGAAACGUAAGUCCCGCAAGGCGGAUUAAAUCAUCUGAGGUAAAGUCGUUUGUUUUUGUGUGUAAUGAUUGUAUGUUGAUCUGUAAAGCAAAGAAUUGUAUUUUCUGAGUAAGGAUUUAGAAGCUGAAAAGUGAUAAAAUCAAAACGCCCAAAAAUUUGAUGUUUCUUGUUUGAGAAACUCUAAAAUAAGACUUUAAAAAAGAGAAAGGGAGCAACAAAACCACUUACGCAUUAAUAAUGGUUAGUUUGAGACGUGAACCAAGUUUUAUUGCACACAAACACACAAGGAAGAGAUGAAAAACCAAUAGCAUUUAGGGUCAAGUUGAGUCGAGGGAUGUCUGAAGGUCUCGAGAAGCCUCGUCGCAGAUCGAGGUUGAAUUGAAACGUUUCACAGCUAGUUAUUAGAGAGUAAAACAGAAAGGAUUAAACAAAAAGUCACAUUUUUAAACAAUCGCAUUUAAUUCAAGCUAACGUGUAACGGAACUCAUCCUUGUAAUAAUUAUUGCAUUAAUGCAAAAAGAAAAAUAAAUAAAACAGCAAAACAAGCACGCAAACGGUUUUAGAAUUGCGAAAAGAGAGGCAAACCAACCGAUUCCUUCCUCUUCGAAGUACAUUUUAUGUUUUUUUAACCAUUAAGCUUUUACGACGACUCAAAUAAUUCUUUCCAAUCGAUGUCUAUAAUAUUUUACUAUUUAACUUUAUUUUCCAAUCUUUCCAUUAUCGUAACAAAAAAACAAUACUAAUUCCAAAUCUAAAUCGCGUAUGAUAGUUUGCUUUUAUUUUAUAAGGUUGAUCGAAAUCGUUUAUUGUAUACUGACUUACUUAUAUACCUGAGGCACCAAACUAACGAGGACUUUAAACAAUGAUAUUUCGGCCGAAUAGUGGCCAGUUAUCUAAAGUACCGAUUCUUCCCGCCCGGUCGCAAAACACGGUGUCUCUGCACAUGCAUUUGAGCAGCAAAAGGAAUACUAAACGCAACCGGAUGUAGAAGAAUUGUGCAUUCACGUGUGAGAGCAAAUAAAUAGCAGUAAUUCAAGUGACGGUGUCAAAGCAAAAGAAAUCGAAAUAAUAAAGUGAUUUUCAAACGUC